UGGUUUCAUUGCAAAAACGCGCCGUGUGUGCAUCGCACGCGUCCUCCGCUCCUGUGACGUCACCCUCCAGGUAGCUCGCGUGUAAACAAUAACAGAGGCGAGAACGAAUGCUGCAUCUCACUGCACUGAGUCUGUCGCAGCACACUCUACAGGAAUGGCAUGUCUUAUGGCAGCCUUUUCAGUCAACAACACUACAGUGACCAACUCCAUCAUAAUGAAUACAAAUGGACCUCCUGAUCUCAUGCUAGACCCCAGAACCGUGUGUGUGUCCAUUGAUGAACUGAUGUCCAGUCAGCAGACGCCGCUGUUACACGGACACCUGAAGAAAGUAGAGAACAAUCUGACCGAGGCCCAGCGCUUCUCCUAUCUCCCCCGCAGACCCGCAGUCAACAUCGAAUUCAAAGAUCUCUCGUACUCCGUUCCUGAAGGACCAUGGUGGAGAAAAAAAGGUUACAAGACCCUUCUGAAAGGGAUCUCUGGGAACUUCACCAGCGGUGCUUUGGUGGCCAUCAUGGGACCCUCAGGGGCCGGGAAGUCUACCUUGAUGAACAUUCUAGCAGGUUAUAGGGAAACGGGCAUGAAGGGGGCGAUCCUGAUCAACGGGCAGCCCAGAGAUCUGCGAUCUUUCAGGAAAGUGUCCUGCUACAUCAUGCAGGAUGACAUGUUACUGCCACACCUCACCGUACAGGAAGCCAUGAUGGUAUCAGCUAAUCUCAAACUCCAGGAAAAAGAUGAAGGCAGGCGUGAAAUGGUUCGUGAAAUCCUGACCGCUCUCGGUUUGUUAGAAUGUGCCAAAACACGCACAUCCAACCUGUCUGGGGGUCAGAGGAAGCGUCUGGCCGUCGCUCUGGAGCUCGUCAACAACCCACCCGUCAUGUUCUUCGAUGAGCCCACAAGUGGACUGGACAGUUCCUCCUGCUUCCAGGUGGUCUCUCUGAUGAAGGCUCUUGCUCAGGGGGGUCGAACUGUCAUCUGCACAAUACACCAGCCAAGUGCUAAAGUCUUUGAACUCUUCGAUAAGCUGUAUGUCCUCAGUCAAGGCCAGUGUAUUUACAGAGGAAGAGUAUCGAGCUUAAUCCCAUAUCUGAGAGAACUGGGACUCAACUGUCCCACCUAUCACAACCCCGCAGACUUCAUGAUGGAGGUGGCCUCUGGUGAAUACGGGGACCAGACGGCUCGGCUGGUGAAAGCCGUUCAGGAGAGCAAGUGUGAGAAAGACUGCAGAAGUGACAUGAAUGGUAAUGGGGUCCAUUAUCCCUUCCUGUGGCACAGACCUUCCAAUGAGGACUCUUCAUCUUCAGAGGGUUGUCAUAGUUUCUCUGCCAGCUGCCUGACGCAGUUUCGUGUGCUUUUCAAGAGAACCUUUCUCAGCAUCAUGAGAGAUUCGGUGUUGACACAUUUGCGGAUCAUGUCUCAUCUUGGGAUUGGAAUUCUGAUCGGUCUUUUAUACCUGGGCAUCGGCAACGAGGCCAAGAAGGUCCUUAGCAAUUCAGGGUUCCUGUUCUUCUCAAUGUUGUUCCUCAUGUUCGCAGCUUUGAUGCCCACCGUCCUCACAUUUCCUCUUGAGAUGGGCGUCUUUCUGAGAGAGCAUCUAAAUUACUGGUACAGCCUAAAGGCAUACUACUUGGCCAAAACAAUGGCGGACGUCCCGUUUCAGAUCGUGUUCCCAGUGGCCUACUGCAGUAUAGUGUACUGGAUGACAUCUCAACCCUCAGAUGCGGUGCGUUUCUUACUCUUCCUGGCUUUAGGGACACUCACCUCACUGGUUGCACAGUCACUGGGACUGUUAAUAGGAGCAGCGUCCACGUCCUUACAAGUAGCAACUUUUGUCGGUCCUGUGACAGCCAUCCCUGUGCUGCUGUUUUCAGGUUUCUUUGUCAGUUUUGACACCAUUCCAAAAUACCUCCAAUGGAUAUCCUACAUUUCCUAUGUCAGAUAUGGUUUUGAAGGAGUCAUUCUGUCCAUCUACGGUCUUGACCGUGAAGACCUGCACUGCGACAAAGAUGAGACGUGCCACUUCCAGAAGUCUGAAGCCAUUUUGAAGGAGCUGGAUGUUGAAGAUGCAAAGCUCUACCUGGACUUCAUUGUACUGGGCAUCUUCUUUGUGUCGCUCCGUCUGAUCGCCUACUUCAUCCUGCGAUACAAGAUCAGUGCUGAGAGGUAGACUUGUGGGAGACGUGAUGGACUGUGGAGACUUUCCUGCCCAGGGAGGGCUAGGCUGAGAAAGCCAAAGCAGAGAGGGGUUGUUCCCUCCAAACUGACCAUCGCCGUGUUUUCCCAGAAACCUGGGCUCAACUUGAAGUCACAGUAUGUAGAUGACCAGCUUUUGCUUUUAUAAGAAGACAAAGAGCUUAGAACACAACAGUUUUGGGGCUCAACCGAAAGUCUGUGCGGAUAGAGAGAGAAAUAUGAGCAUGCUGAAGAAAACUUGUAGAAACUGAUAAAAGACUUUCACAGGAGAGGUUCUGAUUUCGACUGAAAAAGGGUUUGUGUGAUCGUACUGGAGAGCUGGAAUCUUGUGAAAAAGAAGUGUUCAAUUCUAUUAAAUGUGCACUUUUAGUGUUCUUCAAAUCUUAGAAAGUGCAUUUAUUAAAAUGUACUUGGAGAUAAUAUAAUAUUAAUGCAAUAAAAUACCACUUAAGAGAGUACAAUGUGAUGAGUGUUUCUUAAUACAUUUUAGUUCACUUUUAAAAAGUGCACUUUGUAAUAAUGUCAAAUCAAAAGUCUUACUGCAUUUUAAAUUAUAAUCAAGUACUGUUAUUUGAUAUUACAUUUCAAAGUUAUAUAUUUUAAAUGUGCUAUAUUGUAAAGUUUGAAUCAAAACCACUUUUAAGUAUAUUUAGUUUUACCAUCGAUGUUUUUCAGUGCAUUCAGAAUUAAACUUUAACCAUAUUUCAUAAACAAGAGAAGUAAUUGCAUAUAAUGGUGUACUUAAGUGGUUAAAAAAAGUGCUCUAAAUUUCAGGGUUUAUUAUAUUCAGUAUAAAUGUGCACAAUGUGCAUUUAAUUGCAUUUAUAAUGUGAUUAAGUGUCUAAAAACAUACUAAAAUAUAUUAUUUUUAGAUUUAAUUAUUUCUUCAAUAUGUACUAUUUUUAAAAGUAUGCAAAAAUGUGCUUCUUUUUCACAAGGGUGCCCAGUUUGAGCACAUAGAUGUAGAUUGUUUUUGUUCAGAUUAAUUAAUUUCUGGUCUACCUGACAUUCCUGCUACGUUACUGAAAAGCUCUUAUUCUGUCGGUAAUGACUGCUGCUCUUGAAAAAACCUGUUUAACUGAUUUUCAAGCUCAUCAGAGGAAAAAAUUAAACUGUAGAAUGCACAUACUUUAUCAUUAAUAAAACACUCAAAAGAAAUUUAAAUGCAUGAAAAAUGCAUCAAAUCGUAAUAAUGUGUAAUUUUUGUGCCACUACUGUCACCGAACACAAUAAUGAAUAAAGGUUUCAGUGGUUGAGCAGUCUCGCCUCCAGCUAACAGAUGUGGUAAAAAGUAACUUGCUUGCUGGGCUAUCUGGCAUGUGGUGACAUUUAAUUCAUGCUGACAUUUCUGGAUUAAUCUGGGAAUUGAUUUUAGGAUUAAUAAAUGCAUGCAUCAUAAAUGCAAGCUAAAUACAGCCUGUUUAGAAAAUUUGUCAAUAGAGCUUAAUAACUUUUGCCUGUGUUUAUGGGGCCACAUUACGCACAGUAAACCAUCUUCAUAUUGUAUGUAAGAAUAAGAAUUUUGUCAGUUUUUGCAAAAUGCAUGGCUUUUAUUUGUUCACUGAAAGGUCAAUUAUUGGAUUUCAUCACCGUUAACAAACUCCAGGCUGGCAAACCUUCAUUUUUUCUUUCUACAUUCACAAAUGCAUUUUGGGUUUUUCAUAGAGGAUCUCGCACACCUCUAAGUGGCAUUUAUCAUCCAAACAUGUUUUAUUCACAUUAAAGGGCCAUUAAUUAAUGUGUUGUUAUUUGUUGACAUCUAUG